AUGGCGUCCCUCAAUCUCUCUACCAAUGGCCCUUCUAUCUCUAAAAGCUACCAGACAGUUGUCAAUGCACCUCCACCCUCCGGCCCAGCCGCUUCUUCUGCAACCUAUGGUCAAUGGGCUGUAUUCUCCGUCUCAGCCCCGCUUGCCAACGCCUUUCAACAAGACUCGGGAAAUAAAGAAAGCGUUUUAAAGGUCCAAAGCACCGGAGAAGGCGAACUGGUUGACUUGGUAGAUGAGUUCUCAGAUGGACGCAUCCAGUUUGCCUUUGUAAAAGUGAAAGAUUCGAACUCUGGGCUUCCUAAGAGUGCUCUCAUCGCUUGGUGCGGUGAAGGUGUUCCUGAACGGACAAAGGGCUACUUUGGAAGCCACUUGACUUCGGUCGCUAAGCUACUCCAUGGCUACCACGUACAGAUAACCGCAAGGUCCGACCGAGACCUGACCCCGGAAGGCAUCAUCCAAAAGGUUGCUGAUGCCUCGGGCUCGAAAUACUCCAGCAGUAGUGCCGCUCCUCCCCCGGUAGCCGCCACAAAGCCAAUUGUCGCCUCCAAGCCAGUAUUCAACCCCACCCAAAGGAGUGGAAUAUCUGGCUCUUACAAUCCAGCUGCCCGCAAUGUCGGCAUCAAAAAAGACACCAGUACGGAUGAAGAUGGUUGGGGUGCAGAUGCCCCACAGAUCACCCGUACACAGCUGGAGAAGGUUCAACCAGCUUAUCAACCCACCAAAGUCGACAUGCGAGAGUUGACAUCACAAAAACCAGCACCAUCCGCGUUUAGCAGCAGCCAGUCUGAUGACAGGCCUGAAGUGGUCCGAGGCGCCUAUCAACCCGUCGGAAAAGUUGACAUCGCUGCUAUUCGACGACAAGCUCAGGAAUCGGGGAACACAAAGGACGAGCGUCCGGAAACUGUCAAGGGGGCUUAUGUGCCCGUCGGAAAGGUGGACAUUGCCGCUAUCCGUGCAAAGGCCCAGAAACCCGAUGAUUCCUCAAGCUUCUCGCGCCCUGCUCCUGCUCGGAGCUCUGCAAGCGGUCCUUCAGAUGAGCUGGACGCUCCACCACGAUCUCUAGCCGAUAGAUCCGCCGCAUUCUCUCAGCCACCCGAACGCCUCACUUCACUUCCAAAACCGAAGGUUGCGAAUAAGUUUGGCGGUGGCUCAAGCUUCGGAGGGACGAAGGCUCCGGUACCAGGCGGGUUUGACGCCCAGUCGAGUGCGAGUGGCACGCCUCAAGUCGGCGCAGCUGGCCGAUCAUUUGCCGAGUCAUCAGGCAAAACACCCGCACAGCUUUGGGCAGAGAAGAAGGCGCGAGAGAGAGGCUUAAGUGCGUCUGGUGAUCCACCUUUGUCCCCGACUGGCUAUACAGGGCAAUCCCCCAUCUCGACUCAAAAGAGUGGAGGAACCGAAUGGAAAAGCGGCUACACAGGCAAGAGCUGGGCGGCUGUGCAGACCACACAUACAGGCAGAUCCAGCAUCGGGCAGCAACUUACAGGCGAGGGUCCUCCUAGCCAGGCAGAAGUGGACGAGACUCCGUCGUCACCAGUGGGUGGAAUUGGAUCGAUCCGCGACCGGUUUAGCGGCGCUGCGCCAAUGGGUGCGCCAGCACCUGCAACUGCCUUUGACCGGGCCCCUCCUCCAGCUCCAGAACCAGACACAAGCAAUAAGCCUAACCGUGGCAUUCCCAUACCAGGGCUAGCACGUCCAGAGGCUGACGAAGAGGAAGAACACACCCCCGCGCCUCGUCUACCUACACCCCCAGCUCAGCCUCGUAGCCCCACGCCUCCAACACCAGAGCCAUCUUCGCCAAUCCGUCUAGCCCAACCGGUCAGUGCUUCAGCGCCGGUCGUGGAUGCACACGCGGAGCAAUCUUCACCACCGCCUGCACUCCCAGCCCAAUCUAUUGCACGAGCAGUCCCCACACCGGCCGCGCAUGAUGACGAGCCAUCGAGGGGGCAUGAUUUUGGCAGGGCGGCAGCUCAGGCGACAGCCGCCUCGAGCAUAGGGCAUCAGUCGGCGGCAUCUGCGCCAUCACCCGAGCCGGCCAGUACAGGGGGUGAGCAAGCACGAGCUGAGUACGACUACGAAGCAGCCGAGGACAACGAGGUUUCACUACGUGAAGGUGAACUGGUGACUGACAUUCAACGGAUCGAUCCCGACUGGUGGUUGGUCAAAAAUGAAGCUGGACAGACCGGACUAGUGCCAAGCAACUAUCUUACCAUCAUUGAAGAUGAUAAUGCAGGUACUGCUGCAGAGCCAGCACCUCCCCAGGCAAGUACGCAGGCAGCUCCAAAGGGUGCGACUGCGACAGCACUCUAUGAUUACGAGGCUGGGGAGGAUAAUGAAUUAUCAUUCCCUGAGAAUGCUACUAUCACGAAUGUUACAUUCCCCGAUGAAGACUGGUGGCACGGCGAGUAUCAAGGCAAGGCUGGCUUGUUCCCAUCGAACUAUACUCGACUCAACGCUUAG